CGUCACCUGUUGUCAUGGUCACCAUUUGUUUAGUGACUUCACUUGAACAGACGGAGGACAUUUAACGUUCAAACGGAGAAACCUUCUGUUUUUCAGCCGCACUGACAAAGUUCUCUGUUCACUCCUGGAAAACAAUGUUUGCACCGGACAAGCACAGUCAGCAGCAGAAGAAAACGGCCCCUAAUCUAGGGACCAUUGAGGUGACACUGAACCAGUCAGAGUACCAUAGAGGAGAAUGGUUGAGGCUGAUGCUCGAAACUGACAAAGCCCGCAAACACUUACAAGACGAUGACAAGAAGCGACUGGAUCUGCGGGUCCGAGACAUCCAGUUCCUGAAGAAGGAGUUGCAGCUGAAGUUGGAGGAGACCCUUGAGGAGAUUGAUACCCUUGAAGUUUUGCAGAGCAGAGUGGUGAAGGCCCUGGAGGCCUGUCGUGAACCCCUGAGAGUCACUCUUCUCUGUCUGGAAGAGAGGAAUAAACGUGUUCCUUCUGAGAGGGUCCAUGACGAGGUGGAGAGCGAGCUGCAGGAGGAGAAGGAGGUUAUUGAGAAUGUGUCUUCAGUUCUGCAGCAGGCGUUACAGCAGAUCACUGAGCAGAUACGACUGUGCCGAUCUGCCAAGUGUAACGUAGAGAAGGAUCUGAGGGAAAAGUAUGAGGCUGAGUGCAUCGACAACGCCUGCACCAUCAUGACCACACAUUCCGUCAAAAGCCAGGAACAGUACAGUGGACCCAACCCUGUUUUAGCAAGUCUGACAGUGAAUCCAAGGCAGUGGGAGGAAGUGUCAGAAAUCAACAUAUCCACAGCGGAGCAGCAGAAGACCAACUCAGUGUUCCUGCGCUCCGUCGUGGAGUCUCUGCUGGAGCAGACGGCUGGUGACAUGCGGAAGCAGAUCCACGCCACAACUGCAGCCUUUCGGCUGAACGUGCACAAGAUCAAGUCUACCAAGAGCCAGAUGGAGGAUCAGCUGGUCAAGAUUCAGUCGGAGAUUGCCAGCCAGAGGAGGAUCAAAGAGGAUCUCCUGUUGAACAUUAAAGAGAAUGAACAUUUCCUGAGUCUAGCCCAGGCCCGGCUGGAGCUGCGCCGUCAGAGGCCUCUGAAAGAACAAUGUCAUGAUCCAGCACAGGCGCAGCUCCUCGCUGAGGUCCAGCAGCUCGCUGACCACAUCAACAGACUGCAUGAGGCCGUGAACCAGUCGGAGGAGGAGCAGCGUUCUCUCACUCGCUGUGAGCUGGAGCUGCAGGAAAGCAUCAACAUGAAGGCCAUCUCGCUCUACAUCGAUGAAGUCUCCUGUGCUCAGUACAGGGAGUCUGUUGUCAUCCAUAACUUCUGAGUCAGCAACAGCGUUAUCACAGCGCAUUUAUACUCACAAUUGUGUGGGAAGUUCCAAUUCAGCGCCACUUCAUAACAUACGCCAUCUCAAGGCACCGUACAUACGUUACAUUAUAAUUAUUACAGGAACACAGUGAGCAACACUUGGCAUUGGUGGUCUCAACACUAAACUACUGAAACUCUGUGACCACUAGAUGGCUGUAGUGGUCAUUAUACCCAUUCAUAUUUUAUUUGCAAAGCAUUUUAAUCAUCAAUGUUAAAUCUUCACAUAAAUAGAUGCAGUAAUGCAAUGUACUGCCGUAUAGGUAAUAUUAAAAACAGGACAUGACUUUUAAAUUGUAAUCAAUGUGAAAAUGAAUGGAUUCAUGUGCAAAAAAUAUUUUCUUUAUAAAAUAACCCUUUAUUCAUUCUUGGAAUACAAUUACUUCAGCAUCAACGAUAUGCAUCUCAUAAAUCAUACUAUCUAUAUAUAUGUGUACAUAUAUAUGUAUAUAAACACACACACAUAUAUAUAGAUAUAUAUAUAGAUUCAAAACAGACAAUCUGAUGGUCACAGAAAAGUCAUUCAAAAGUGUUGCAGGAAAAUGAACAGAUUUAGAAAACAAUAUUUGCAUCACUGAGUCAAACGACCGUGCUGUCCAAUCUGAAUGAAAACACAGUCGUGUAAAUUCAUAAUUAAAAACAAGACAUUUUGUCUCCUUUUCUCACUCAACUGCUGUCGUGUCUAUGGUGGAUUUACUGAGCCAGGUUGUGUAUUAGUUUGUGAAUGUGCGACAAAACCCACAAGACAACAACCGAAACUUUAAACUGUCAUUAUCCUAAUAAUUAUAUUUGAAUAGACUUCCUCUGCUUCACAGCAAUAAAGCAUUUUCGGUCUGGAAA